AUGGUCACAAUAAGCAGCAAGUACCAACUUCAAAUGAGAUGUGACAAGAAAUGCCCAUGGAGACUGUAUGGAACCAUGAUUAAAAGAGAGCAUAUCUUUGCUAUUAAGACAUAUGUUGGUGAGCAUAGGUGUCCUAGAGAGAUGAAAAAUAGGCAAGCUACCUCUGAAUGGAUAGCUAAGGAAUAUAUACAUAGAUUCAGAAGAAAUGGCAAUUGGAGUGUGAAGGACUUGGAGGAAGACUUACUUGAGAAGUUCUGUGUUCAAGUGUCAAGAAUAAAAUGCUAUAGGGCAAAAUGGAAAAGUGGGGCACUAUUAUGUACAGUUGCUAAAGAUGGGAACAAUCAAAUGUUCCCUAUCUUUUGGGCUGUAGUUGAAUGUCUUACUAAUGCUAUAAAGAACCUAGCACCUUUCCUGAACAUAGGAAUUGUGCUAGGCAUGUUUAUUAGGGAUCCAGCCAAAUUUUAUAAGUCAUCUAUUUCUGAGCUUUCUAAGUGUGAUAAGAUUGAUAACAAUGUCAGUGAAACCUUCAAUGGUUACAUUGUGAAAUUUAGGAGUAUGACCAUUAUAGACAUGCUAGAAGAGAUUAGAUGUGCAUUAAUAGAGAGAAUGCACAGUAAGUUUAUGCAUGCUACUGGUUUAACUGACUCCAUCACACCUAGACUUAGAACUAAGUUUGAAGAAAUCAAGUACAAUAGCAGAUUAUGUACUUCCAAACCUGCUGUUGGUGGCAAUUUCCAAGUGAACAUAGGAGAGGAUCAGUUUGUGGUUGAUAUCAAUGCGCACACUUGUACUUGUAGAACAUGGCAGAUAACAGGCAUUCCUUGUAUCCAUGCAUGUUCUAGCAUUCAUUGGAUGAGCCAGGAUAGUGCAACAUUUGUGGACAAGUACUGUAAUGUAGAAACUUAUAUUGAAACCUACAAAAAUGCUCUUGAGCCACUGAAUGGCAGAAAAAUAUGGCCACAAGCUGAUGGGCUUCCAAUCAAGGCAGCCAAAUUUAAGAAAAUGCCUGGCAGACCUAAGAAGAACAGAAAGAGAGAUAUCACUGAAGAUCCAAAGAAUCCUAAUAAGCUGUCUAGACAAGGAAUUCAAAUGACUUGUGCAGUUUGUGGAGGAGUUGGGCACAACAAGAGGAGUUGUAAGAUGAAAAAUGAUCCAUCUUUCAAAAGGCCUCCUAAACUGCCAGUCAAGCGUGGCAGGCCACGAAAAGCAACUUCUGCACUUCGAUCUACUGCAAUUUCCCCAACAACUCAGUCUGAUGCCCCUAGUUCAAGUGGACCAAGUCAAUUUGUUGGCACACCUUCAAGUGGAUCUUAA